AAUCCAACGGAAACCCACCGCCAUAGCUUUCCUUAUUAACACCACCACUACGGCUCCAAAUACUCACCAACAACUGUCCCCGGCCAUCUGCGUUGGGCGCUAAAGGAGAGUCAAAUCUCCCCUCACAGAUUCCAAUUGCAUUCCUGCGCUCCUUUUUCCUCUCAGUGAUUUUUAGGGCUCUCCGUUUCCCAAUUUUCCAGAAUUGGUGCAAAGAUGAACGACCUAAUGACAAAAUCAUUCCUAAGUUAUGUUGAUCUCAAGAAGCAGGCACAGAAGGACCUUGAUUCGUCCCCUGAUAUUGAGAUGGGGCAACUCGACCCCGUCGACCAAAAACAUCUUUCAAAAUUCUUUGAAGAAGUAGAGGCAAUAAAGGCAGACAUGGAAGACAUUUCUAAUCUACUUCUUGAUCUUCAAGACCUCAACGAAGGGGCCAAAUCGGCUCAAAGUUCUAAGAUCCUUCAAGGCAUACGUGACCGGAUCAAUGCAGAUAUGGUCGCGGUACUUAGAAAGGCCAAAACAAUCAAAGCUCGAUUGGAGCUGCUCGAUAAAGAAAACACUUCCGAGGAUAAUGUAUCCAAAGGAAGCCACAUUAAUCGGACAAGAAUCGCAGUUACUAAUGGCCUAAGAGUCAAACUGAAAGAGAUGAUGAAUGAUUUCCAGUCUCUGAGGGAGAAAAUUGUUGCAGAGCACAAAGAAGGGCUGAAGAGAAAGUAUCACAGUGCCACUGGUCAGCAACCAACCGACGAAAUGGUUGAGAAGAUGGUGUCGGAGGGAAGAAUCACGGGAGUGUUGGAAGGGAAGAGUGAAUUUUCAGAGGAAAAUCGACAGAGGCAUGAGGCUGUCAAGGAUAUACAAAGAAGUUUGGUUGAGCUCCAUCAGGUCUUUCUAGAUAUGGCGGUGAUGGUCGAAACACAAGGCGAGCAGAUGAACAACAUCGAGCAGAAUGUGGUGAACGCUGAUCAUUAUAUCAAAGGUGGGACGAAGGAGCUCGAUCAUGCUAAUCGGAUGAAGAAAAAGAGGACUUGGGCCUGUUGGAUCGGGGCGGUGGUGCUCGUGUUUCUGUUGGUUUGCCUCAUUGCAAUUCUUUUCUGAAAAAUACGGUUUGUGUAUUCGAUCCCGGUUAAAUCUUUUGAAGGAAAUGUGUUUGAUGAUUGCUAUUCAUCAUUCACUACUUAAGCAAAAAUGGUUUGGCUUGAUCUUUUGUGAUGUGUUUUAGCUCUUUAUUCUUUCAAUUAAUUUUCUUUACAUAUGUUGAAGAUAUGGACCAUUUUUAGUUGAAGUACAAGGACAUGUUUUAUUGUCUCUUG